AUGGUUGCAAAGUUCAAUUGGGGACGGAUGGUCUUAACAGUAGCGACCAUCCUAAUACCUCUGGCUGCUGGAUGGCAACGAGGUUAUCAAGAUUAUAGAGUGUGCAGAUUUCAUGAACAGGAUUACGAAACUGUGAUGAGCCGUAUCAAAUCUGGGACACCCAUGGACUACGAUGUUUGGGCAAGGAAUAGUGAAUUUGUCGAUGUCAGAUUACCCAAAUGGUUGGGUCAAGUGGAAGGUUGUGAAGUCAUAAUCGAGGAUUUAGACGAUGCUAUUGAAGCUACGAUGUCUCAAGAAGUGGAGGGAAAUGGGGAUUCCCUAAGUGACCAGACGGCUUUCAAAUUUGACAAUGGAGAUUUCUUCUUUCAAGGAUUCAGAGAUUUGGAAACUAUUUAUACGUGGUAUGAUUUAUUAGAACGUGCUUUCCCGAACUUAGUUAAAGUAGAGGUUGUCGGUGAGACCUGGGAAGGUAGAGCUUUGAAAGCAUUGCACAUCUCAACUAAUAAUCCUGAGACCAAUCCCGAGAAAAAGACUAUAGUGAUAACAGGUGGUGUUCAUGCUAGAGAGUGGAUUAGUGUUUCAUCAGCAUGUUGGACUGUGCACCAACUAUUGACACGUUAUGGACAAUCGAAAAGAGAAACUAAAUAUCUAGACUAUUUGGAUUUCUUAAUCAUACCAGUUUUCAAUCCGGAUGGUUAUGCCUACACCUGGCAACACGAUCGUUUGUGGAGGAAAAAUAGACAGGAAACUUACUGGCCCAAUUGCCCCGGUAUUGAUAUUGAUCAUUCUUUUGAUUUCCAAUGGAAUAGUACUGAAGAAUUUCCCUGUAGUGAAGAUUACAGUGGUGAAAGGGCCUUUGAAGCCAUCGAGGCAGAUUCUUGGAACAACUUUUUAAACGGUACAAAGGGUCAGUACAAAAUCCACGGAUACUUGGACUUCCAUUCGUACUCACAAGAAGUUCUUUAUCCUUAUGCAUACUCCUGCGAUGCAUUACCAAGAGAUUAUGAAAAUCUAUUAGAGUUAUCCUUUGGCUUGGCAAAAGCCAUUCGUAACAAAUCGGGUAAACACUACAAGGUAAUCUCCGCGUGCGAAGACCGUGGUUCAGAUUUAUCGCCUGGAUUGGGUUCAGGUUCCGCACUUGAUUUCAUGUAUCACCAUAGAGCCCAUUGGGCAUUUCAAUUAAAACUAAGAGACACUGGAAAUUUAGGAUUUUUGUUACCAUCCAAAUACAUCGAACCAGUUGGUAAAGAAAUCUAUGCCGCUGUUAGUUAUUUCUGUUCGUUUAUUUUAAACCCUGAACUAUAG